AGACGACUCUCAGGGCACUGUCUGUGCAAGGCAGGAGCUGGAACACUGUGUCGAGGUCCCUACGCCCCUCUGCCGCCAUGGUGGGUCUGAAGCCCCCCGAGGUGCCCCCGACGGUUGCCAUGAAGUUCGUCAGCGCGGGGAUGGCCGGCUGCAUCGCUGACCUGUGCACCUUCCCCCUGGACACUGCCAAAGUGAGGCUGCAGAUCCAGGGUGAGGUGAGGAUCCCCCAGACCACCAGCUCCAUGGAGUACCGGGGUGUUUGGGGCACGCUGAGCACCAUGGUGAGGACAGAGGGAGCCCGCAGCCUCUACAGUGGGCUGGCAGCCGGGCUGCAGCGCCAGAUGAGUUUCGCCUCCAUCCGCAUCGGUCUGUACGACUCCGUGAAGCAGCUCUACACCCCCAAGGGUGCUGAGAACACAGACGUGGCCACGCGACUCCUGGCUGGCUGCACCACGGGGGCUGUGGCCGUAGCCUGCGCCCAGCCCACUGAUGUGGUCAAGGUCCGGUUCCAGGCCAGCAGGGCCCCGUUGGACAGUGCCCGGCGGUACAGCGGUACGGUGGAUGCCUAUCGCACCAUCGCCAGGGAGGAGGGGGUCCGCGGCCUCUGGAGAGGGACACUGCCCAACAUCGCCCGCAAUGCCAUCAUCAACUGCGGGGAGCUCGUCACCUACGACCUCCUCAAGGACACGCUGCUGCAGGCACAGCUCAUGACAGGUGAGGAUGGCGCGGGGGCACAUAGCCAGGUGCCAUCCCUGUCCCCGCAGCAUCCAACUCCCAGCUCUUCUCCACCUUUAGACAACAUCCUGUGCCACUUCGUGGCCGCCUUUGGCGCUGGGUUCUGUGCCACAGUGGUGGCAUCACCAGUGGAUGUGGUGAAGACGCGGUACAUGAACGCCAGCUCUGGGCAGUACCGCAACGCCCUCAGCUGCCUCCUGGCCCUGCUCGUGCAGGAUGGCCCCACCGGCCUCUACAAGGGCUUCGUCCCGUCCUUCCUGCGGCUGGGCUCCUGGAACGUGGUGAUGUUUGUGUCAUACGAGCAGCUGCAGCGCACCAUGGUGCUGGCACGGCCAGCCCUGGCCUGAGCCCCUCGGCACUUCUCACUGGCUCAGUGAGGCUCAGCAUCAAUUAUAUUAAUUGCCGAAGCGCCGGGGAGCAGUGAAGCCACACACUUGGGGAGGGAGCAGAGAGACGGAAGGAGAAAGGAUGCUGUUUGAGGAGAAAUUUGGGAGAGCAGAGAACAGUUUUAGGGGACAAAGGAAAAAAUUGUUUGUUGGCUUCUCAGCCAUGAAGAAUAGCACUUCCCAAGGGCAGUGGUGUGGGCAGGUGGGACCAAGCUGAUGGCCAGGGAAUUCCCGUUAUUCCUUACUGGCACUUCCAAUAAACCGCCCCUAUGGGGUCUGAUGACAGCGUG